GGAAUCAGUUUAGACUUGAAAUUCAGUUUUUCCUGAAACUGAUCAGAAGUUACCUUGAUUGGAUCCGUUUUCUUGUCAGGAGCUCACUUUGCAACUCUCCAGCUUUUAUAGCAUGCUGUAAACAAUUGUGAAAGUUGUUUUUCAAGAAACAGAAAGAGUUGCAACUUCUUUCUAGUAAUAGAAACUUUUACACUGCAAUCAAUGCCUAACGUUGCAGAAACAGAAAGGUCAAAUGAUUCUGGAAAUGGUGAGCACAAAUCUGAAAGAAAGUCACCUGAUGAGAGUCUACAAGGUGCUGUAAAAUCUUUCUGCACAAGUGCCUCAGGAGCACCCUUGGGUCCCAAAGGAGAUGGUCAUUAUCCAUGGAGUUGUCCAGUGACUCAUACUCGGGAAAAAAUUUAUGCCAUCUGUUCGGAUUAUGCCUUUCUCAACCAGGCAACCUCAAUCUAUAAAACUCCAAAUCCAUCUCGCUCUUCUUGCCUCCCUGAUAGUACUUCUUUAUCUUCUGGGAAUAAUUCAUCAAGAUACAUUGGUAUCCCGACUAGUACAUCGGAAAUCAUCUACAAUGAAGAAAAUAGCUUGGAACACUUAUCCAACAGCCUGGGCAAGCUACCUCUUGCAUGGGAAAUUGAUAAAUCUGAAUUUGAUGGCGUGACCACAAAUUCGAAACACAAAUCAGGCAAUGCAAAGAGACAAGUUUCCAAGAAAAAAACUUCAGAUAAAAAAGGAAGAUAUCAGAAAGAAUGUCCUCAGCAUUCUCCUCUUGAAGAUAUUAAACAGCGGAAAGUAUUAGACCUCAGAAGAUGGUAUUGCAUAAGCCGACCACAGUAUAAGACUUCUUGUGGCAUCUCCUCAUUAAUUUCUUGUUGGAAUUUCUUAUACAGCACAAUGGGAGCUGGAAAUCUUCCACCUAUUACCCAAGAAGAAGCUUUACAUAUUCUGGGCUUUCAACCUCCAUUUGAAGAUAUUAGGUUUGGUCCUUUCACGGGAAAUACAACACUUAUGAGGUGGUUUAGACAAAUUAAUGACCACUUCCAUGUAAAAGGAUGCUCUUAUGUUCUAUAUAAGCCUCAUGGGAAGAACAAAACAGCAGGAGAAACUGCUUCAGGGGCCCUGUCCAAGUUAACCCGGGGAUUGAAAGAUGAAUCGCUGGCUUAUAUCUAUCAUUGCCAAAAUCAUUAUUUUUGUCCAAUUGGCUUUGAAGCAACCCCUGUUAAAGCUAAUAAAGCAUUAAGCAGGGGGCCUCUCUCACCACAGGAAGUCGAAUAUUGGAUCUUAAUUGGAGAAUCAAGUAGAAAACACCCUGCCAUUCACUGUAAAAAAUGGGCAGAUAUUGUUACUGAUCUGAACACUCAAAAUCCAGAAUACCUGGAUAUCCGGCACUUAGAGAGGGGACUGCAGUAUCGAAAAACAAAGAAGGUUGGGGGAAAUUUGCAUUGCAUCAUAGCAUUCCAGAGACUUAAUUGGCAAAGAUUUGGCCUUUGGAACUUUCCAUUUGGAACCAUUAGACAAGAAUCACAACCUCCAACACAUGCCCAGGGAAUUGCCAAAUCUGAGAGUGAAGACAAUAUUUCCAAGAAGCAGCAUGGGCGUCUGGGCCGGUCUUUCAGUGCUAGUUUCCAUCAGGACUCAGCCUGGAAAAAGAUGUCUAGUAUCCAUGAGAGAAGGAACAGUGGUUACCAGGGCUACAGUGAUUACGAUGGGAAUGAUUGACUAUGCUUGGUACUGAACAACUGGCAUUAUAUAUGAAUCUAUAUAAUGAGUUAUAUCUAGGACUGUAUGAAGACAGUAGAAGAUUUUAGUAAGUCUACAUUAAAUAGGAGCAGAUCUUGUGAUAUAAAAAAUAACCUUGUAGUUCUCCAGACACUAAGCUUGUAUAUGGUUAUGAUGGGUAAUUUCAGAUAUAUAAGCAGAUAAGCACAGAUUACUAUCCUUUUAAAGUUAAAAGCAUAUAAAUAAUCUGAACAGAAAAUUUCACAAAAUAAAACCUCUGUCUAAAUAAGUCAAACACAAAUUCACUUAAUAGCAUCAGGAUUUGAAAUACUUAAGCAUGAAGUGACUUUGUAAUGACUUGAUCCCUAGACAUUUGUUACAGACAGUUUUAUUCCUAAGAUCAAGAUGUAAAGUAUCAUCUGCCCUUAAAAAGAAUUGGGGCUAUCAAUUUCUACUUUUCACUCAUGGUUAAAGUGCAUUUAAAAUUAUUUCAUGAGUCUAGUAGUUCUUUGAUUUAUAGCAGGAUCUUGCUUGCCUCAUUUGUUUCCUGGUUAACGUUCCCAGGAGUCUAAGAGGUAAAAGAGAAAAGAUUCAAGGAAUUGAUCCUUCUAUUAGUGCAAACGGGUGACAGUGCAUUGAAUCAGAUAUAUUUGACUUUCUUGAUGUGGUUUGUUAUAAUCAAAUAUUGACAAGAACCUUAGGUCUCGAAAGACUUUUGUAAGUUUAGAUGACAUUUGCCUUAGGGAUAAAGUAAAAGAACAAUUGACACCUUGAGUUUCUAUACCCAAGGUUAUCUGUGAAAUGGGAGCUCCUGAUAUUUGAUUGCUCUCUCAAUAUGGAGACAUAUGUUGAUAACAGUACUGAAGGUAUAUAGGGAAUGCCCAGUCACUCAGAGGACAACUAUCCAUAUUCCAGACUCCAAGCUGUUUCCUUUUUUAAAUCAUUAGACAAUUAGCUGUUUGAAGUGAGUAUUAAAUAUUUCAGAAGUGUGAAUUUCAUAUAUUUGAGCUCCUCUAAUUGCUGUCAGUUCUUCUGCUGCUGCCAACCUGUGACUCACAAAUGACUAGGAUCUCUUGUUCUUUAAUUUUAGGGUCUUGUUCCAGGACUCAAAUCAGUAACUUGGUGAUUACAAGGUGCUGAAUAUGUUGGUAACCAUAUCGCAAUACACCUCAAGGAAAAGGUUCAGAUUUUUAUUUUUUAAAUAUUUCAUUGUUUUCUUGAAUUUUAUAUCCAUUUGUUCACUCAUACAUGCCUAGCCUACAGAAGGGGAUAUAUAUUAUGAAAUGGUCAUUUUUUCUGAAGAGAAUAUUUUGCUUGAAAUGCAAAGGACUGAAAGAGAUUUGUAGGUUGUUGAUUUUGUUAUUUCAUACUGGAACUUUUAAAAAGUUUUCAUCAAAUAAAGUUUUGUUUUCUACUUUUAA